AUGAGGUGGAUGUGGCUUAAAAACAUGUCAGAUGCUUCAUGCUCGGGAUUAGUCACCUUUAGAGGCAGAUUUUAUGCAGUCUUUCUUGACGGGGACAUAAUCGGUAUCGAUCCUUAUUCACGGAAAGCGACUCCCCUGGUUCAAGCGUGUUUCUUGUUCCAUCAGGGAAUGAUGAGCUUUUCCUGGUUGAGAAAAUCAUCCCUCGUACCGGUGUAUUACAUUUUGGCCGACACUUGGGCAACGUCUGCUGCUCGGCUAAAGGAGCUACCUGAUGGUUGUGGUGUGAGUGGGGACUCGGUUGUGUUUACUGAUGAGCCAGGCAAUGCAACUUACUCCUAUAAGUAUGGAGUAGAUACAGGAAGAGCCGAAGAUGACCUCAAUUUUUGGAGAUACUCAAGAGAGAACCUUCAUGCUCGCUCUGUUUGCAGCUCGUGGCGAUCCGCAUUUCCUUUGCCUUGUAGCCUGGUGCGCCCACGUUACUCUCUUCCCAGGUUUAAUGAGGACACUCUUGAAAACGAAGGCUUUUGCAGCCUCAAGAAGAUCCCUUUGUUCCCAUGGUUUUUCUUAACAGAAGCACUGUGGGUCAUCGAUCCUUAUUCCCUGAACGUGACUCUCUUGAUGCCACCCUCGCCGCAUCCAGACCGGUUAUGCCAAUAUCUGGUCUCCAUAUGGCAAUGA